AUGGGGUUAGACAACAAACUAAAACAGAGAGUUAAAUGGGAAAAUGUAGUUUCCGCGUUUAAGAGUCGAAUUAAAACUGGAGUUAUAGUUAAUUUAUGGCAUAAGGACUUAGCACAUUUCCUAAACGAUUGUUAUAUUAUUUUUAAAAAUAAAAUCAGAAAAAUUUUGAAAGUAGAUAAAGUUGUUAAGGUUAAUGUUUGUUUUUGUGGAGAAUUUAUUAAAAAAUCGGAGGAGGAGGAAAUUAUAAAUUUUAAAUAUUUUAAUAAAAAAAAUGCUGUACUAGACGUAUCUACCGAUACAGAGCGGUGGUUUUUUGAGAAUGUUAAAGAUAAAAUAAAUCUUAAAUUAUCCGAGUUUCAGGAAAGGGACUCUGGUUUUGCAUUAAAUAGAAUUGUAUCUUUAGAAGUAAAUAUUAAUCGAUAUGAAAUUGGAAAUGGUUCAUCUUAUAUUAAACUUCCUGAGUCUAUUCAAAAAAAGCGUGCUUGUAUUAACGUAAAAAAUUCUGAUCAGGCAUGUUUCUAUUGGGCAAUAGUUAGUGCCCUCUAUCCAGCUAAAGCACAUAAAGAACUCCCAUCCUCAUACCCAUGGUACAGUACAGUACUAAAAACAGAAGACCUAGAGUCACCAAUGCCGUUACAUCAAAUUUCAAAAUUUGAAAAAUUAAAUAAUAUAUCAGUCAAUGUAUUUGCUUUAGAAUUAAUAGAAGAUAAUGAAAAGUCAUUUUUCACAGUAUAUCCAGCAAGAUUAACUAAAACAGUCGUUGCCAAACAUGUAAAUCUUCUUUUAAUUCAAAAUCACUAUUUUCCUAAAUUAAACGAUUAUGAAGCACCUCCAGUGGAUAAUGAUAAUUCAGAAAUUAAGUACCACUACUGUCACAUUACGGAUAUGUCUAAAUUAGUUGCUGGUCAAUUAAAUAAAAGAAAGACCAAAUUAUUUCUUUGCAAUAGAUGCUUAAAUUAUUUUUCAACUGAAGGGAAAUUGUCGGAACAUGAAAAAAUGUGUGCAGAUAUGAAUAAUUGUAAAAUGUCUUUUCCUAAAUAUGAUGCUGUUAGUUUUAAAAAUUAUACUUAUAAACAAACAACGCCAUUUGUCAUAUAUGCAGAUUUUGAGUGCAUGUUAGAAAAAGUUACAGACCUCCAAACAUCCUGUUAUACUAAAAAAUAUCAAAAACAUAUUCCGUAUAGUGCUGGAUACUAUGUAAAAUGUAGCUAUGAUGAAAAGUUGUCUUUUUUUAAGAGUUAUAGAGGCAUUGACUGCACGGAGUGGUUUGCUAAUGAAUUACCAAAUUUAGCUCAAAGUAUUCAUUCGAAAAUUAAGAAAAUUAUACCAAUACAGGAAAACCCUUGUACCAGUAAAGCUACAAGGUGUCACAUAUGCGAAAAAUGUUUUUCUCCUACAGAUAUCAUUGUUAAAGACCACGACCAUUUUACGGGGGAGUUCAGAAAUUUCGCCCACCAAGCAUGUAAUUUAAAUUUUAAAAAAUUGUUUGUCGUCCCAGUUAUUUUUCACAAUAUGAGUGGCUACGACAGUCAUUUUAUAAUUUCAGAGUUAAGCAAAAAAGGAGAUAUUAGUCUACUUCCAGUCAAUAAAGAAAAAUACAUUUCAUUUACACUUAACGAUGCAGUUACUAAUAUAAAAUUUCGAUUUAUUGAUUCAUUAAGAUUUUUAGGAGCCUCUUUAGAUGAAUUAGCAGCAACAUUAAAUAAAAAUGACUUUAAAAUUUGCAAGCGAGAAUUUAGCAGGUUAAGUGACGAUGAAUUUAAAUUAAUAACUAAAAAAGGGGUAUUUUGCUAUGAUUUUAUUGAUUGUUGGGAAAAAUUAAACAUUACCGAUUUACCUCCAAUAGAGGCAUUUUAUAAUAAACUAAUCGAUACGAAUCUUACAGAUGAGAAGUAUGCUCAUGCUAAAAUAGUUUGGGAUACCUUUAACAUUGAAAAUUUAGGUCAAUAUUCAGAUUUGUACUUAAAGACCGAUAUUUUGCUUUUAGCAGAUGUUUUUGAAACUUUCCGCAAAAAAUGUUUUAUAACUUAUGGGUUAGAUCCAGCCUGGUACUACACAAUGCCCGGUUAUUCUUGGGAUUGUAUGUUAAAAUACGUGGGGUGUAACCUCGAGUUAUUGCGUGACGUUGACAUGAUACUAUUUAUGGAGAAAGCAAUUCGUGGAGGAAUUUCAAUAUGUAGCGGUAGAAUGUCGGAGGCCAAUAAUAAGUACAUGCCUAAUUAUGACCCCGCACAGCCCUCAAAAUACUUAAUGUAUUUUGAUAACAAUAAUUUAUAUGGGUGGGCUAUGGGAGAACCCUUACCCUACGGAGGGUUCGAAUGGAUGGAUGACAAAGACAUUGAUGUUAUGUCUGUACCUGAUGACUCUCCCGUAGGGUACAUGUUACAAGUUGACUUGGACUAUCCUCGCAAAUUACAUGAUCUGCACUCCGAUUUUCCAUUCGCUGCCGAACACCGCAAAACUUUGGGUUGA